UGUUUUGUUUUUUUGGUAGCGGACAUCACUAUUUUUCAUGGUUUGAAUUUCACAUACAAUGCUUUAAAAUACAAGAUAAGAAGACAAGGAAAUUUUAAUAAAGGCCCUAUUUAUGUUUUUCAGAUAUCCCGCAUCAAGCUUUCUUUGGAUGAUGAGUGGAAGUAAGUGAUUAAUAUUCUUUAUAGCUCUUGUACUAAAAAUUAGAUUUUCAUCUUAACAGUUUGAGAAAUGGAAUGAAAUCGCCUUAGUUGUAAGUUUCCAUCUAGAGAAGGUGUGUUAGGACAGCAACGUGGGGUUGUGUGCACAAAAAUGCUCUAGACCAAAAUCAGAUGAAUUUUUAUGUUUUCUACAGUGUGCUCCAUGCUAGCCCACAAAGCUGUAUUUACAUAUCCUUCAUAAUAUGGCAGUAUCAAGUUUAGUGUUUACUUCAGGCACAUGGUACACCUUGUUUUCUUUAGCUGAUGUUUCCCCUGGGGUGCAGUCCCUACUGUGGGUUCACUGGGCCCUGUGGGUACCACAUGAAAUGAAAUAAAAAUGAAAAGUUCCUUCUUUAUUGUAUUAUAGGAAACUAUUAUGAUGUAUUCCUGCUCAAAAUAAGGAAUACUUAUUACAUUUGUAUACCACUUUAUACUUUUCAAAGCACUUCCAUGUAGGUUAACCUAUUUGAGAUACUUUUUCAUGAUAUAUACACAACAGUGUUACAAAGCGUAUUUUGUCUUAUAGACAAUGUAAGUCCUAUUUUAGGCUGAUGAUAAAUUUAUUCUUCUAUUUACAUUGUCUAAGUUGAAAGCCUAUUAAUGACGUGGAAUAUUAAGUAGUGAUUUUGGAUUUGGGGCUAUAAAAGCCAUAACUAAGUUCUUGUAUCCUUCUCAUUUUUCUUCUCUUCCCGCUUAUUCAGGGGAACGAGUGUAUAUUUUUUAUGAGCCUCUACAAAUCAUUCUUGUCUCCUGCACUCACCUUCCAGCACAAAGGCUAACAUCAUGUAAUUUUAUUCAGGUCGCUUACCUGAUCUGGACUUUAGCUUCUCCAUUUGAAAAAUGAAGGGGUUUCAGUACGUCUGUGGUCCCUUCCAGCCCUGACUUAGAGGUUGAACUCAAGCGGAAAUGGUUUGACUCCGUGGACUAAUUUCUACACUUUCUCCAGCAGGGGGUACCCCUGGGAUUUGGAUGGGGCCCUUUCUGAAGCACGCAGUAAGUCUCUACUGCUUAGAGUAGUUGUAGAAAUGCUGGUAAAGGGAGAGAACCCAAAGCGCAGAGCCAACAAAAGCCUUUAAGAGGUCACACUGUAACCAAUCAUAAGUGGAAACCUAACUUUAAGAUGUUUUGUGACUGGUGGUGCUCCAAUGGGGCUGAAAGAUGGUGCUCAUAUUUAUUAGGUUAUUAAUUGGCAUAAUUAAUGAUUUUCCCCCUUUUCCCUGAUUUUCACGUUAGGCCUCUUUUUCUUCCUGUAGGCCAGUGGUUCUCAAUCUUGGCUGUACCUUAGAAUAAUGUGGAAGCUUUAAAAAUUACUGAUGCAGGAUUCCAUCCCCAGAAAUUGCCAUUUAAUUGAUCUGGGGUACAGCUUGGAUAUUGGGAUUUUUUAAAGCUACUCAGUAAUUCCGGUAGUGCAGUGGUUAAUCACUCAGCUGCUAACCAGAAGGUUGGCAAUUUGAACCCACCAGCCGCUCCGAGGGAGAAAGAUGUGGCAGUCUGCUUCUGUAAAGAUUAUAGCCUUGGAAACCCUACGCAGCAGUUCUACUCUGUCUUAUACAGCUCUGAGUCAGAAUCGACUCGACAGCAAUGGGUUCGGUUUUGGGGUUUUACCCAAUAAUUUCUAACUUCCAGCCAAGGUUGAGAACCACUGCUCUAGGCUUUCUUCAAGGCCACUUCUACUGUAGGAAGUUAAACCAGAUGACAUAGUAUCUUAGUGAUUUUCUCUAUCAUUGUGCAAAACUAAGAGUCCAACCAAAAAUGGAAAAUUUCAGCCAUCGUCUGAAUGUGCAUGUCUAAGAUAAUACUUGGACCAAUUCUUUCUCCCUAUCAUGAAAACAAUUUACAACUCACUCAGGAACUUUCCAUAGCCCCAUGGAUUAUAUACCCUCGUUAGCAGAGGCACCAUCUACAGUGUAUCCUUUUACUUGAAAAUAAUGGAAAUUACUUGAAAUUAACAAUAUUCUAUUGUUUUUUACUUUCAAAAAUGGCAAUUUUAUAUGAUUCGACCUAAUAGUUAUUAUUAUUCCUGAUAUAGGUACAAAUAAAAUAACAUACGCAUGUCAGUUUUACACCGUGAGUUAUAGAGGGAUAGUUAUCUUAAAUCUGCAAAUGAGAAAACUGAGGCUCAGAGAAGAUAAACGACUUUCCCAAGGCUACAUGGUGAUUAAGUAGCAGAUCCAGGACUGGAACUCAAGUCUUCCUGGGGCACUGAUCAGUGUUUUUGGCUCCAUCACUUAGCUUGAAAAGACAAGGCUGAGGCCAAAACCAACCAGAAAGCAAAGGGUUGGGAGGAAUUGGUUUUGCUGAUAGAACCAGGCUCCUCCUCUUAUCUGCUUAUUUCCCAAACCUGGAGCAUGGGAAGAACCAAGAUACAAUUAUGAAAACUUUGUAAUCACAGCUUGACAGCCCCUAUCUUUGAAACUUCUAAUUGCCUCACUUGAGUCCAGCCUGUUACAUUUUCAUUUGCUAAACGUGCAGGGGUUGAGGGCUUUUUCAGAUCGCUUCAUUUGCUAGUUCCAGCCUUCAGCAAGACAGGAUGUACAAGAUACACCGGGACCACAAGUCCAUGCACGUGGAGAUGAUCUUGAUCUUCCUUUGCGCCCUGGUCACCGCGCAGGUACAGUGGAGACAGAGGCAUGGCCGGUCCUACAACCUGGUGACCCUGUUGCAGAUGUGGGUUGUCCCUUUGUAUUUCACUAUAAAACUUUACUGGUGGCGCUUUCUCUCUCUGUGGGGAAUAUUCUCAGUUAUUACCAGUUACAUUCUCUUCAGAGCUACCCAGAAACCCCUCUCAGGGAGAACACCACAAUUGGUCUACAAAUGGUUUCUUCUAAUCUACAAACUCAGCUAUGCAUUUGGUGUUGUGGGUUAUUUGGCUAUCAUGUUUACAAUGUGUGGAUUCAAUUUGUUUUUCAAGAUCAAGGCUAGAGAUUCCAUGGAUUUUGGCAUUGUAUCCUUGUUCUAUGGCCUCUACUACAGAAUAAUGGGGAGAGACUUUGCCAAGAUCUUCUCAGAUUACAUGGCUUCUACUAUAGGGUUAUACUCUCAUCAGCAGAUGCCUACAAGGAGCUUGUCAGACAACAUCUGUGCCGUCUGCGGGCAGAAGAUCAUUGUGGACCUGGAUGAAGAAGGACUCAUUGAAAACACCUACCAACUUUCAUGGAAUCAUGUCUUUCAUGAAUUCUGCAUCCGAGGUUGGUGUAUUGUUGGUGAACAGCAGACUUGUCCUUACUGCAAAAAGAAAGUUGAUUUGAAGAGGAUGAUCAGCAACCCCUGGGAGCACACACAUUUUUUGUAUGGACAAAUCCUGGAUUGGCUUCGUUAUUUGGUCGCCUGGCAACCUGUGGUGAUAGGAAUAGUUCAAGGCAUUAACUAUUCACUAGGGCUGGAAUAGUCCAGCAGACUUACCCCAGAAGCAAUGUAUUGCAUGUUGGAAUAUUUUUAAAUCUUUGAAUCUA